GCGGGGAAGCCGGGGUGUGGAAAAUGUGGCGGCUCCGCCCCGUCUCUUGGAACUGCUGCGGCCGCCACCGCUGCCGCCGCUGCAGCUGUACGGGACCGGCGCUGUUACGUAGGCGAAAGCCGCUCUUUCCCUGCUGAAAGUUCCCUCGGAAAAGCUACCAUCUCUCCAGCCCACCAUGGCGGAUGAAAUUGAUUUCACUACUGGAGAUGCCGGGGCUUCCAGUACUUACCCUAUGCAGUGCUCGGCCCUGCGCAAAAACGGCUUCGUGGUGCUCAAAGGACGACCAUGCAAAAUAGUGGAGAUGUCAACUUCCAAAACUGGAAAGCAUGGUCAUGCCAAGGUUCACCUUGUUGGAAUUGAUAUUUUCACGGGCAAAAAAUAUGAAGAUAUUUGCCCUUCUACUCACAACAUGGAUGUUCCAAAUAUUAAGAGAAAUGAUUAUCAACUGAUAUGCAUUCAGGAUGGUUACCUUUCCUUGCUGACAGAAACUGGUGAAGUUCGUGAGGAUCUUAAGCUGCCAGAAGGUGAACUAGGCAAAGAAAUAGAAGGAAAAUACAAUGCAGGUGAAGAUGUUCAGGUGUCUGUCAUGUGUGCAAUGAGUGAAGAAUAUGCUGUAGCCAUAAAGCCCUGCAAAUAAAUGGGAACAUCAGGCAUGAGCCCACUCUUUAGGUCUGGAUCAGCUACAGAUCUAAAGUUUGGUUCUAAGUUGUCACCAAAGCUAUGGCCUUCAUAAGCAACCUCAUUUCUUUUUUAUUUGUUUUGAAAUUGUGCUGUUAGUUUUGCAGGCAAUUGGUAAUUUAAAAAAUAAUCAAGAUGUUUAAUUUUUUAAAAUAGUUUUGUUGGUGUCUUUCCUGUAACUUUCCUGUGGUUUUCAGUAUGUGAGUCCAAGAAACAGAUUAAGAUAGCUUCAGCAGAUGUGAUAUGUCUGAACAAAUCAGUCCUGAAUUUUAAAUGAUAAAUAAACCAGGGUUUUAAAUCAAACAGUGUAGCAUCCAGUGUUAUUAAAGUACCACAUUUAAGUUGAAUUGCUCUGUAUUUAUUUCAGACUUAAUACAGAAUAGAUAGGUUAGAAUGAAUUAUCACAGUCAGCUGUGUGUGGCAAGCACAAAUCCUUAAAAACGUUACCAAAAAGUGUCAGCAGCCAUGUGCAGCCACCUGUAUUACCUCGGUCAUUAUAGUCUUUGCCAAAUUGUUGGAGGACUUAAUUAAUAUAUAACCUUACAUAUGGUGAUUUUUGGUAUAUGCUUGUGGUUGACAGAGAGGCAUUGAACUGGUUGUUGUUUGGCAGGCUGUGGAGAAGACACAAGGGACAUGGCAAAAGGAGUUGGUUAAAGCUACAGUUUUUAUUUGAGGCCUUUGUAAUCAGCAUAAAAAUAGAAAGCUUCUUUCUAGUUGUGUGUUUGCUUUGUACUUUUGUUCUCUGUCUCUUAUUUAAAGGAGUGAUCUGCUUUACAGGAUAGUAUGCAGUGCUUUUUCUCAAAUAUGUUGAAUAAAUGUUGGUAUUUAUAAUAGUCACUCCUUUCCAACCAUUUUUAAGUAGAUUUUUUGACAUUAAAAUAUUUAUUUGUCAGACAAAAACUGGAAAUUCUUAUUUUAAUUGAUUUGUAACAUUUGUUAAUGUACAUUUUUUCUAAAGUGAAAGUGAAUCAUUGAAGAAAAAUUACUUAAUGUGAUAAUUAUUAUUUUACUUAUUUUAAAUACGUGUAUUUUCUUCUGAUUGUCAUGUACUUAAUUCAGUUACUGGUGUGAAAUAUGGUGGCUAGGAAAGAACUCUGUACACUGAAUUAUUUUAAAAGCUGUUUUAGGUGAUUCUGCUAACAUUUAUGUUUAUUCUUUAGGAUCAUAUUUUAUUUCCAGAGUUCUAGACAUUGUCAUAGGGUUUAUGAUGACCUUUGAUGCAAAACAAUCAUUAUCUUGGAAUGAAACAUAGAGCAAAACCAUUAUUUCAGUAAUACUUACAUUCUCUAAGACUGAUUAUGGGACCACUCUCAUCAUGGUUUGACCUCUAUUAUAAGACCUUUGUUCCUGUCAUCUAGAAGAAAACAUGUACUGCUCUAUAGCUGAUCAAAUCAGUGACUGGAAAUAGCAUUAGGAAAAGAUCCCAAAGUUUUAGUUACUUCAUUUGUGCAUACUUUUAAAUCUUGUAUUGGUCUUAGCAAACCCAUUGGAGAGGAAGCAAGAUACUUUAAAAGAAAUAUAAGGAGAAUUCUAAAGCACAAGAAAUACUGAAGCUGUAGUUAAUCAUUUUAAGUAUAACAUUUUAGCUUUUGCCCAUCUAAAGCACAAUUAGGAAUUAGGCUAAAUUUUUCCAAUAUUGCAUUUAAGUAUCUACAUUAAGUAUAUACUGUUCUAGUUUUUUAGUAAUCUGUAAUAUAUAUCUUUCUUGUUCCUGGAUGGAAUUGUUACCCACAGGAAUUCCAGAAAGUUAUCAAUCUGUGCUGCUUGCUGGUCAUUUGUAUGACCCCAGUUAACCAUACUAGUGUUCUGGUUUAGUAUUAAUUCUGGAUUAGCAUGCCCAUUUUAUUCCUAACUUGUCAAACUUCACAUAAAUACAUUUUCAAUUUUGAGGUUAGCCUAUAAAAUUAUAAUAAGGCAUCUCCAUCUUCACACCUUGAAUGUCAAAAGUUAUUCAUGCAUAAAUAUUUCAUUUUAAGUACUAUAAUGAAGUGUAGAUACUCUUUGAUGUAUAAUUAUAAGUAUAGAUUUUAAAGAUUUGGACAUUUAUUUUCACAUAAGUCAGUACAUAUUUCUCUAGAAAAAAAUAUUUCAUCUAGUAAAGCUUUAUAAGUUGUAUUCAAAGGAAGCAGGGAAACAUUUUUUAACAUAAAACAAGUAAUUUCAUUCUUUCUGACAUCAGAAAUGUUAAAAGUUGAUUGCUAGUAUUUGUUGUACCUUUUUUAUAGCAAAUGUUAAAUAUCACAAGUUACCAUGUAUAGAAUGUAGACAGUCAUGUUGAUAAGGUUAUACAGUGAUCCAUCAUUUUUGUCUGCAGACAUUUCACCAAUUUAUAUAUAGUAUUAUAUUAACAACAGAAAAAUAGCUUCUUUCUAGAACAACAUUUUAUUUAUACUAUGAAAACUUAAUUAUACCUUAUUUGCUACUACAAUAUACCCUCUGAAAUUGAUCAAAUAAUAGCUACUUUGACUUAGCAUUUACAUCAUAAACAUAAUUAUGAUUUGUUUUCAUGCUCCCCUCCAAGGGCUGUCAGUCACUUGAAAUUGUUGCUAAUGAAGCUCUUGAAUCCAUUACCAUUUAUGGUACAAAAUUCUGUACCAGUGCUUUAUAAGAAUUACCAAAACUUUCCUGCAGCCAGAGCAUGGUAUCUUUAAUAGGAGAUGCUGCAAUAAAAUGUUUAGGCUAUAAAAUUUGGGGACACGAUUUUCAUUUUAGCACAGUGUGAGUGUGCAUGUGCACACAUAGCUUUGUAUGUUUAUUCUUUUUACAAGGUUCUUCCAACUCUUAAAAGUACUGUAGUCUGGUAGUGCCUCAAAUGUUGGGAACUUUCUUUUAAUUUAUAACUUUCCAAUAAUUUGUUUUUGUACUUUAAAGUUUCUCAAUUAGAUUAUUUCUAGUUAAGCUGUAAUUUGAAUGCAUUGUUCUCAGGGCUGUUUAUGCUAAGAGCUGAAGUUUCAUUAUUUUAAAGCCAACUGUCUGAAAGUAUAUUGCAAAAUUUUCCCCAAUUGUAACACAGUGAUACAUACAGAUAAAAAAUUUUAAUAUCAACACACUUGAACUAUAUGCUAAAUAUUCAAGAAAAAAAUGGGAACAUUGGUAACAGCUAUACUGGAGUCUUGCCACAUUUUUUUCAUUUUAGAAUAGAAUUUGGUAGUCUUACCUUAGAAUCCUGUCUGUAAUGAUGCAUGUGACAACAUUCCUUUGGCAUGGACCCCAAAGAUAGUUUCAAGAGCCAGAUAUUGAUAUUGUGGUUCAAACAUAUUUAGGGGCAACAGAUGAAAGAUUAAUAAUGGUCUUUUGAAUACAUUAAAAUGUUUACAUAUUGGAGUCUACAAUAUGAACUAGGAACAAAUUUACUAUGGGAAAAAUAUGGCUCUUAAACAGUAUAAGAGCAAAC